AUGACCAGACGUCAUCGGAACUCAUUGCCGGUACCUGACGACCUCGCUAUGGAGAUAUUCUCGAGGCUGCCGCCGAAGGCGGUGGCGAGAUGUCGUUGCGCAUGCAAGCUCUGGUCCUCCAUGCUUCGCCGUCAAGAUUUCACAGAGCUUUUCUUGACCAAAUCUUGCGCUCGCCCUCAGCUCCUUUUCGCCAGGGAAGAUCGCAGCGUCAGUAAGUAUAUCUUCAUCUCGUCACCUCAGCCUGAAAAUCCCCAAGAGAACUCGUACGUUGUAGCCGCCAAUCAUCUUGCGCGUUUCCCACGUUCCAAUGGAUUCUAUGGUUGUACUUGUACCAGUGGCUUCUUCUGUUAUGGAGAUGACCGGAACCUUAAGGGGCUGCAAAGACCAGUGCAUGUUCCGGUGAUAUGUAACCCCAGCACGGGACAGUCCUUGACCAUGCCCAGAUUAAUCUCGAAAAAGAGGUAUGGAGUGCAAAGCUAUCUUGGAUAUGAGCCGAUAGAGAAAGAACUCAAGUUAUUGUCGAUGAACAACUCGCUUGUAAGUGAUGAGUGGAUCUCUGUGGAGCACCAAGUUCUGACAUUAGGAACCAAGAAACUGUCAUGGAGGUUGGUCGAGUGUUGCAUCCCACAUCGUUCUUCAAGUAAGUGGAUAUGCAUCAGUGGUGUUCUUUACUACGCAGCUACUGCAGCUGGAUCUUCCGAGAAUUCUAUGGUCGUUUGUUUUGAUUUGAGGUCCGAGAAGUUCAGCUCUGUCAAGUUCGGUAAAGCAAUGCCUGAUUCAACGACUCUGGUAAACUACGAUGGGAAACUAGGUUUGCUUAUGUCUGGAGAUUCUCAUGAUGUUAGUGGAGCAAGAACAAGUUUUGAGCUGUGGGUUGUACGAGACGCUGCAAAGCACGAGUGGUUCAAUCACAUAUACGUAUUACCACCUUCCUGGGAGGAUGUGGUUUCAGAGACCAUGUACAUUGCUGGAAUGAUUGGUACAAAUGAAAUCGUCUUCUCCCCGAGCUACCAAAGAGUGCCUUACUAUGUCAUCUACUUCAACGUGGAGAGAAAGACCAUCACAAAAGUUGGAAUCCAAGGACUAGAAGCGUUUCAUGGUGGGAGUUUCCACACCUAUCUUAACUACGUUCAGAAUGUGAAGCUUCUUUAA